UUCAUACUAUCUAGUGCGGUACUGUGUAGUAAAAUUUAUCACAGGCUUGGUCUGUAAAACAAACACAGCGCUGUCAGAGCCUUCUCGCCCGACAAGUUUGUGUUAACUUUGAUUUGUUUGCUUCUGAAAAACAGAGUAUUCUUAAAUGCGGAAUAUUUAUGUUUUAAAAUGUGUCGGUUUAAGGAGCGGAAUAGCGGUGGGCUUGUGAUGAAGUUGUCCAUGUUCAUGAGGAGAUGAAGAAGGCCAGAAGUGUGUGAAGAGGAUGCCAGUGGAGUGGAAACACUGAUGGAGGGCCAGAAGAGUUCUGAAGAAGAGGAAGGCUCACAUGACCGGGGUGUGCCCCACUGGUGGCAGGGUUACUCAUCGACUGUUAAACCACUGAGGGUUUCCCUUCCACAGCCUGUGCUUCAGGCUGCACUGGGGAUCAGUCAUGGAGUUCUGCUGACAAAUGAUGGCCUUGUCUACAGCUUUGGAGAGCUUCCAUGGAAGCAAGACUUGAAGUCCCGGACAGUAGAGCCUGUUCUGGAGAACUCUUUACUUGGCCACCAUGUGGUCCGUGUGUCUACGGGUAGCUUUCACUGUGGUGCCCUAACAGAGGAAGGGAUAGUGCACAUGUGGGGUGAGAACUCCUAUGGUCAAUGUGGUAUCUCCGGUUUAAGUGCUAUCCCUAAUCCUACCCCUGUCAGCAUUGUGGAUGAUGAAAUUGUCCCUCCUGAACUGGUCCGGAUCCAGGAUGUGGCCUGUGGGGCGCAGCACACAUUAGCUCUGUCAGGGAAGCAUGAGGUGUGGGCCUGGGGUAGUGGCUGCCAGUUGGGCCUGGUGACCACUGUGUUCCCUGUGUGGAAAGCACAAAAAGUAGAACAUCUAUCGGGUAGAUACGUGAUCCAGAUUGCCUGCGGCGAGUUCCACAGCUUGGCUUUGGUUCGCUCGCUGCCCCUUCCAGACUCCUCUCAGCAAUCUGAGGACAAAUGUGGCCAGUGCAAGCAGCCUCUUUACACUUUGAUUGAUAAGGGCGACCAUGUUGUUAUUUCUGACAACCAUUACUGCCCAUUAGGGGUGGAACUAUCAGAUGCAAAGCAAGGUCAAAAAUCAAAGCAGGCAUCUCCAGCCUUGACACCAAAAACUGAGACCACAGCACAUGACCCCCUGAGGUCUGUUGUGUUGCCUGGAGAUUUCUGCCCCAGUCAGAGUGAUCUGGAUGAAUCUCACAGUAAUGGCGCAGCAGAUAAAAAGGAAGUGGAUCACAACGAUCCAGCCCCUGAGACUAUGACUGACAGAACAGAAAGCCCGCAGCAAUGCCUCACAAGAACCAAAAGCUCUCUUUACCCUGAUGAACAGGCUCUAAAAGACUACCUCAAGAGGAUGUCUGAGCAGUCCCACUCCGAGCAGCUUGAGGCAGUCUCAAGUAAGGGUUCGUGUCCUCCAAGCCGUCAAACAUCACUCAAGGAUUCUUAUAGACUGGACCAAAACAGCAAACCUACAUUUCCUUCAUUGACACCACUUACCAUGAGCAACGAUAUUAAAUCCACACUUUCAGAUGAUAUUGCAUUGAUGACAUUACAAGACUCUGUCACAGAUGACUCAUCUGAAGACAUGGUCAUUUCUAGUGACCCUUUAACAUGUAAUAACUGUGAGGAGGUCUUUGAUGAAAGCUUCACAACUGAUAGAACCCACUGUCUACAUGAGCCACUGGAAGCCAAGAAGAGCGCCAGCCUGACAGACAUUAGGAUUGAUGAUACAGAUGGACAUAGUCGCAGAAGAUCAUUACCUGGCUUACUGUCACCAGUUUCUCCAACAGUAUUGCUUCGAUGCAGCCUUGCCAAAGCUGGAGCAAUCAACUCAACAACUUUAGGCAUCUCCGAGAAGGAGUAUCUCCUUCCAUCUCUUUGUACAGAGGUGUGGACUUGGGGCAGAGGUCAGGAAGGUCAGCUAGGUCAUGGAGACACCUUGCCCAGGUUACAGCCGUUAUGCAUUAAGAGCUUAAGCAACAAGGAAGUUAUCAAGAUUGUUGCUGGAUCAUGCCAUUCUUUGGCCUUGACAGCUCACUGUCAGGUUUAUUCUUGGGGUUGCAAUAAAUUAGGUCAGUUGGGUCACCUGAACUCUCUUAACACCGUGCCACAGUCUGUGACGAUGUCUGAUGGUGUUCGAGUGUGGGAUGCAGCUGCAGGGCAGACACACACCGUGCUGCUGGCUGACGGAGACUGCUUACAGCCUCUAUUGUAUUAUAGUGGUGAACAUGUACAGGCAUGGGAGGACUCUCUUACUGCAGCGUACACAAAGACACCAACUCUGCUGCCCUUCUUCAUGAAUCUUGGCUAUGUGAGCAGCAUUUUUGCUGGAGGACCGAACUGUGUGGCUCUGGCUGAUCAGAAUGUCAUGGGUUUCAUCGCCACCCUGCAUGAGAUGGCAUCGUCAGAGAGAAAGUUCUCCUGCAUGCUCCACAGAGUGAAGAAACAGUUACUACAUCCUCUACUGGCCCGGGACAGCGUGAGCUCGUGUUUGGGCCGGACCUCGAUGCAGCUGUUCCAGACUAUGGCAGGGAGAUACAGUCAUUUGUGCCAUCUAAUAGGGCAGCAUGCUACCUCUCUGACAAGCUUCCUACAGCACAAGAGAGAUGUUAAAACUCUGGCCAUUUUGAAAAAUGCAGACCUUUUCCAAGAUACCUAUAAAAAGUAUAGCAGUCCUGUAGGAAACUUCCUUGUCAUGGGAGGAUUCCAAUCACUGGUGAAACCCUCGCAGGAAUGUUUCGGGAAAAAGCUGGAGCCGAUCCAAAAACUGUUGGCCCUCAAGGAGAAGUGCGUCUCGCUGAGUGAUUUGCUAGUAAACCUGUUUUACAUACCACUGCAGCACCUGCAUGAAUACAGCAGUCUGCUCCUGAAGCUGUCCACUUGCUUUGAUGUGAGCUCUGUUGAAUAUCAAAUGAUUCAAGAUGGCUGCUUGCAGUAUGAGGUCUUGGCUCAUCAUCUAAGCAAACAGAAGAAAGAGGCAGAGAGCACAUACAGUUUCUGGAAGAGCUGUUCAGGAAAGAGCACGGAGUAUCUGCGGAAGCCAUCUCGGCGGCUGGUGUGUGAGAGCAGCAAUAAGGGCUUAACUUUGCAGAACGCUGGGAGAUUCUCAGUCAACUGGUUCAUCCUCUUCAAUGAUGCCCUUGUUCAUGCACAGGGUGCCAUUCCAACUAAGAAGUUUUUUUCCUCUUACCAUGUCUAUAUGCUGGCCACGCUCUGGGUGGAACCCAUCUCCGACGAGAAUAUUGGAUUGUUGGGACUGAAGCUAACGACGCCUGAAGAAAACUUAACUUUGUUGGCAUCUUCACCUCUGGAGAAGGGGAAGUGGCUGAGGGCCAUUAACCAGGCUGUGGAAAACGUGCUCGGAGUGGACCAAGACGGACAGCCUUUCAGUUUGAGUGGCAGUCAGAGGGCAGAGCCUCCUAUUUCACGCACUGCCACUUAUACAUUUACUAAAGAGGGCAGACUCAAAGAUGCGACAUACACCGGCCGCUGGCUCUCAGGCAAGCCUCAUGGCAGCGGCACCUUGAAGUGGCCUGAUGGCAGAGUUUACUAUGGGACAUUUAAAAAUGGCCUGGAAGAUGGGUUUGGAGACUGUAUGAUGCCCAACAAGUCUUUCAACAGGUAUGAUCGUUACAAGGGCCACUGGAAGGAGGGCAAAAUGCACGGAUUUGGGACAUAUUGGUAUGCUACCGGUGAGGUGUAUGAGGGCUCAUUUCAGGAGAACCUGCGUCAUGGCCAUGGAAUGAUGAGCAGUGGCAGGCUGGCCUCUUCGUCCAGCAGUGUGUUUGUUGGCCAGUGGGUCCAUGACAAGAAAACCGGCUAUGGCGUACUUGACAACAUCACACAAGGAGAAAAAUACAUGGGCAUGUGGCUGGAGGACCAAAGGCAGGGGGCUGGGGUUGUGGUCACCCAGUUUGGCCUAUAUUACGAAGGAGAGUUUAGUAAUAACAAAAUGAUGGGGACUGGGUUUCUGCUCUGUGAUGAUGACACUUCCUUCGAGGGAGAGUUUUCAGAAGACUGGAUGUUGAACGGCAAGGGUGUCCUGUCCAUACCUAACGGCGACUCUUUUGAUGGGAUCUUUGUGGGUGAGUGGGGAUCUGAACUGAAAGUGGCUGGCACCUUUACAAAGCUCUGCCUGUUUGAGACUGAGAAGGCGGAGAAGCAGACCUUUGAGGUCGGUCGUUAUGCAGUCCCUGCUGAGCAGAAAUGGACGGUUGUGUUUGAGGAGUGCUGGAGCCAUUUGGGUUGUGAAACCCCAGGAGUGGGAGAGAAAGAGAGAGCCUGGGAGAACAUAGCAGUCAUACUGACAUCUAGCCGCAGAGAGCAAAGAGACAGUCCAACGACUUUGAGUCGCUCCCAGUGUAAGAUUCUGGAGGUGAUCCCUCAGCAUGUCGGUCCUGUUACCGCUGAAGCCUAUGACAUCAUCCGCCGCUACAUCAUUAAGGCGUGUGAUACUCGUCUGCAUCCUCUGGGCUGGCUGGUGGAGACACUGGUCACUGUGUACAGGAUGACGUAUGUUGGCGUGGGCUCCAAUAGAAGGCUUCUAAAGCAGGCUGUGGAGGAGAUCCAGUCCUACCUCAAACGCAUAUUCCAACUGGUCAGAUUUCUAUUUCCUGGCCUUCCCCAAGAGGGUGGCUUUAUCCCUGACUCAGAGAGGAGGGUCAGUGACUUUCUGACCAGCAGCACACGCUCAGAUUCCAGCCAGCAGGGCUGGAUUGUGAGUAGCACUACUUUGCUGCUUCCUGUUUUGUUACCUCGUCUCUAUCCUCCUCUCUUCACACUGUACACGCAGGAGAGAGAGCGGGAGGAGGAGGUGUACUGGGAGUGUUUGUUACGCCUCAACAAACAGCCCGACUUGUCUUUGCUCACCUUCCUAGGGGUGCCUCAAAAAUUCUGGCCAGUCUCGAUUUCAGUGUUAGGAGAGAUAAAGGAUGUGCUGCCGAGCAGUAUGAAUGCUUGCUUUGCUACUGCUGUGGAGACUCUGCAACAGAUCAGCACAACUUUCACUCCUGCAGAUAAGCUUCAGGUCCUCCAGCUGACCUUUGAGGACAUCACACAGGAAGUGCAUGCCAUGUUGGGCCAGGGUUUCCUGUGGUGCAUGGAUGACCUUUUCCCAGUGUUCCUCUAUGUAGUUCUCCGUGCACGGAUCAGAAACCUUGGCUCUGAAGUGAGCCUCAUAGAGGACUUGAUGGAUCCUGCUCUACAGCAUGGAGAACUCGGACUCAUGUUCACCACUCUCAAAGCCUGCUACUACCAAAUUCAGAAGGAGAAGCCUACUGGCAUGUAGAAGCAAAACUUCUGCAGGUGUAAGUCACAUCUUAUGACAAGUCUUUGAGUUUGGACAGUGUUUUGGAUGCGGCGCUUUCUACAGUAUUAUCAAAGCAACAGAUUGGAACGUGCUUAACAGAUUUGGAGGCGAGAACUCAACACUGACAUGACCCCAGCACCUUCAUCACACUCUCCUAUUUGAUUUUAGUUGCUGCUUUUAAACGAGUCAAAGAUUUGAACGACUUUAAUGAACGUGGAGGUUGUUUAUUACUUGACGGAAAAGGGCGUCCUUUUACUACUGAGUCAGAUUUCACAUUGUAGUCCGUGAUUAGUGUUGGAGUGCUGAAUGGUGUUUUUCCUUUUUUUAGUUGAUGGAUUUGCUACACUGUAUUGUACUAACUAGCACUACUUACUUUAUCUAGAGUGCACAGUUAUUUAUGCGUUAGGGUAGAGCCAGCACAACUGUAACAAACUUGUUUUGCCAAAUUUGCAACUGUUCUAGGGCGUAAUUUUGGGUAGGGACGCUAGGGACGUGUCCCUACCAAUAUUCAGCCGCUACUGUGUAAUCACGAUCAAUAAAACCGAUGUCCUAACCUGAGCAAUGAUUAUAUGGCACACAAAGGGUUAAAUGUAUGACACUGCUAAUAAUCCCCCCUCUAAUGUAGAUAUCAUUCUCUGAUUAGCUACCUGUUUCUCGCUAACUUACAUGGUUGGCUAUCCCAGCUGUCACUCCAUCUGCUGUAAAAGCAGCACACUUCCCACAGCAGCCGUGACUACCCGCCCAUCAACCCCCCAUAUGUCACACGUACACACCUGACCUACCCCACGCACCCCCCACUCUCCGUCAGCCUACAAAUUGAGCUGGACUUCGAUGUCCAUGCAUGCUUGCCCUACGACUCGCAUGCUGACUUGAGUAUCAUGGAUGACGGCCCCCCUCCCAAGAAACGAGACAUUCGUUCAUUCUACUUCAAAGUCAAGAAUGUAAGUGCAGGGUUUCCGUCGAGCUUUAAAAACUCAACAAAAUCCUUUUGAUGUAUGGAAACCCUUCAUAAAAGUAUUGUUGCGGCUCCUUAGGCAGGUUUAGCAACGUGACAGGACGCAUCAGAGCUAGGCUACUGCAUAGCUGCAGAGAAAAGGAAUGCUGGAGCAAUGUAACUUGGUGUUAGAUAAUAUCCUCGAUGAAUGAAUGUUAAAUUUAUAGACCUAAUGGUUUUACAGAAUGUAAGUAGUCAGAUGUAGGCUACUGCAUGGCCAUGCAGAUGUGCGACUUGCAUUUCAGAAUCAACAGCGUGACAGCCGCUGAGUCUGCUGCUGAGUCUGCUGCGUUCACCGUUUUACAGAGACCUCUUUCUACUACUACUAGGCUAGGCUAGAUACAACAAAUCCAUGGUCCUUUACUGCCACCUACAGACGAAUAUUGGUAACUGCCUUGGAUCACUUUUGUGUCCCCACCAAUGUCAAAAUCAAAGUUACUCCCUUGCAACUGUGACUUCUUUUUAUGGAUGUACAAAUAUGUCACUUGGGAUACAGGUCAUUUCAUCCAACGACCAUUUCGUCCAAUAGUUAAGACAUUUCGUCCAUAGCCUUUUUCAGACGCACUAUCAAUCAUUUUAUAUUUCAGGUAUUUGUUUGUUCGAAAAAAGGAGGAACUCUCAAUGGGAUUUGACUGAAGCAAAACACAUUUUUGCAAAACGAAACCGGAAAUGACAGGAAUCAGCGAGUGUCAACUUCGGACGCGUUCGGCUGGGGCCGCUUGUAGGGAGAGAUCGUUUACAUUAGACCAAAUUACAUUUGCAUUUUCUCAGUCUUUAUACGGGCACGCUGAUGCCUCUUGAUCAUGCGGAGGUGAGCCUCAUUAACAGCGCGUG